UCAACUUCGAUGUCGAGUAAUACAAACUACAUCAAAACGUGUCAGUUGGCAAGAAUUCCAGCGGCAUAGCUCGACUUCAACUUCCAGAGUCAGACCCUGGUCUUCUAUAUCUACGAGUCAUUGAAACAAUAUUCGUUUCCGGCAAUGAUAACAGGUUCGAUAGCAGAAGGAGAUCAGCUCCUGCUCCACUCAUCUUUGCUGAAUGAUAGUCAAAGCUGCGAGAGAGCCUUUGAGAAAGGCGCAGACCCAAAUGCCUCGCAAGACGACAAGGUGACUGCCCUGCACAUCGCUGCAGAGAAAGGUUUCUCCGUUUUUACUGCUACUCUAAUCAAAUGUUCAAUAGAAUAUGGAAAAAAAUUAGACCUGAAUGGAAAGACUAUCUUUGGAAAUACACCUCUUGUUCUCGCCAUCAUGCAUGACAACAUUGAGGUAAUGGAAAUGUUGCUGGCAGCUGGAGCUGAUCCUAACAAACCGCACACUUUCGAAAGGACUCCCCUACACAUUGCAGCUUUCUUUGGCAGGGUCAGAGCAACUGUCAUACUGAUUAAUUAUGAAGCUAAUGUGAACGUGGUGGACUGCUUCGAUCAAACGCCAUUGUCACUCUCACUGAUUGCCCGAAACAGUGCAUCGCUGGUAAAACACUUGCUGAAAGGAGGAGCAGAUGCCAACUUCAGAGCUAAGUCGAGUAUGCCUAUCUUGUCAUUGGCCGUCCUAUCUUGUAGCAAGUACAGAGAGUUGAGGAACGUCAAUUUCCUUAUCAAAGCCGGUGCCAAUGUGAUGGCAACUGACAACAUCAAGCUGGACACCGCCCUCCACAAAGCCGCUCAGACUGGGUAUAUAAAGUGCAUUGACCUCUUACUGAGGAAGGGAGCAAACAUAUUUGCUCAGAACAUCUAUGGGCAUACACCUCUCAACAUUGCCAUCAGGUACAAGAACGUUGAGGCUGCUAUCCACCUCUAUCAGAUCGAGGAAGAAAUGGAAGAAGAAGAGUUCGAUAGGUUGAUGCAAGUACAACGUAGGGUACCAGCUUUUAAGGGAAGAUUGGACUCUAUUUAA